AUGAUUGAAUUAGUUGACGAAGAUGCAGAUGUUGCAUUUUCAUUGGCCCCAAAUGAAGAAAAAGACAUAAAGUUUCGAAUAUUUGGAAUUGACCCAACCGCUACUGCUGAUGACGAUGGCUCCGUUGAUGAAAAAAUAGUUGAGACAGCUCUGCCAUUAGCCUCAACUCCAGCUGAAACAGCUAACGAUAGCGAAGCCCAUGAUCUGAUUCCAUACACGGGAAGGUUACUAACCUGCCAGUUUUUAUUCCAGUAUGUUGCUGAUGUCGAUGGUCCGAAUGGGGAGUCGUAUGAAAGGAGUGCUCGCUUGUCCAUUGCGGUCUGCGUUGUACCAGCUGUCACAGUGUCGGCUUGGCAUGUAUUACCAGGCGAUGGUCCAUUCACCCGAUACAUUGUGGUCGAUGUCACAAACAGUACCGAUAAUGAUGCCGAGCUUGUGUACAGUUCAAACCGACGAAUGAACGUGCUACCGAAAGAGACCUGCCGGGUUCCGCUGCUAUCUCCAUGUUGUUCUGAUGUUGCUGGAAGAGCAUUUCAUGCUGCGACGCAGAAGGAUAGUCAUAUGAUGCAGAAACUUGAGGUUGAAAAGUUGCGUGCUACUCUAGAACUUCAUGUGGCCAAGCAUCUCGACAUUCGAUGG